UAUUUCUCCCCCCUCCCCAGGGUGCGGAGGAUUUCCCCGACUGCUGCAUCCUGAUCCUACAGGCUUCUGCCUGCAGCCUUCCACGCGUCCGGGAACGCCUCUAGUUUCUCUGGUUGUUGGAAGCACACACACAAAACCCUCCUAACGAAAAUUUGGUCACCACCGGCCUGACCAAACCGGCGUGUUUUUCCACUCGUAAAAAUGAAAAGGGGGCGUCGAUGUGCUGCUGGACUAAAUUACUCUUGUCAGCCCCUGGCCAUGGGGCUUCUGCUCUGCUCUGUAGUGCUGCCAUUCCGGGAAAGCAGAUCGGCAGCCUCUCUUGAGCUCUGUUACUGUAGCGUCCUCUCUCACAAAGGAGAUACAUAUGAAUAUAAUGCAGUACAGUUCCACAGUAUUAAUCAGGCACGAAAUUCCUGUGCAGCUCUUAUUUUCUGUUAGAAAAAGCAAACGGAACCUUCCAGAAGGUGCUGAAGUUGGAAGCACUGUUGGAAAUUUUAUAGUUAGGUAUUUCUUUUUAUUUCAGGUUAGAGUUCAGAAAAGACAAGUCAACUGUUCAUUUUAUUUCAAAAUUGGAGCUUGUCGCCAUGGAGACAGAUGUUCUCGAUUGCACAACAAACCAACAUUUAGCCAGACCAUUGCCCUCUUGAACAUUUACCGUAACCCUCAAAACUCUUCCCAGUCUGCUGACGGUUUGCGCUGUGCUGUGAGCGAUGUUGAGAUGCAGGAACAUUAUGAUGAAUUCUUUGAGGAGGUCUUCACAGAAAUGGAGGAGAAAUACGGUGAAGUUGAGGAGAUGAACGUGUGCGAUAACCUUGGAGAUCAUCUAGUUGGAAAUGUAUACGUAAAGUUUCGCCGUGAAGAAGAUGCAGAAAAGGCUGUGAUUGACCUGAACAAUCGCUGGUUCAAUGGGCAGCCCAUCCAUGCCGAGCUCUCGCCUGUGACUGACUUCAGAGAGGCCUGUUGCCGUCAAUAUGAAAUGGGAGAGUGUACACGAGGAGGUUUCUGCAACUUCAUGCAUUUGAAGCCCAUCUCUCGAGAGUUAAGACGUGAGUUGUACGGGCGUCGUCGUAAAAAGCAUCGAUCCAGGUCGAGGUCCCGCGAGCGCCGGUCUAGAUCCAGAGAUCGCGGCCGUGGUGGCGGCGGCGGCGGCGGAGGAGGCCGCGAGCGCGACAGGAGGCGGUCCAGAGAUCGCGAGAGAUCCGGUCGAUUCUGAGCCAUGCCAUUUUUACCGUAUGUCUGCUAGAAAGUGUUGUAGUUUGACCAAACAAAGUUCAUAAUGACGUUUUUUUUAAAAGAUGGGCUUCUGAAUAAAAAAAAAUUUGUAGUGAUACAGUAUUCUUUGUGUAACUUGUUUCUUGUUGGGGGGAGUCUUUUUAACUGUCAUUCCUCUAUCUUGACAAAUACCUGGAUUAACUCUGCCUGAGGAAAAGGUGGCAAAUGUGUUGGAGGAGCGCCGGUUUUGGUUUGGAUUUCUUUUUUUUUUUUUGGAUUAUUUGGGUAUAAUUUGAACUGUUGAUGAAAAUGUAUGUGUAUAUAAUAUAAAAUAUAUUAUAUACAUAGUAAAAAUAAUAUACUGCUUAAGAAACAGUUACUCACAAAGUUUCCCUUUUCUGCUAUGCUGUCUGCUUAUUUAGGUUAGUUUAGGCACAUUUAAGAGGAAGGCUGUGCGAAACGCAUUUAUUUACCGAGUAGAAACGCUUAGUUACAAAAAUGUAUGUUUGUUUGUUACCAAAAGUCUGUGCUCUGUCUAUCAAUGUGACUGUGGCAUUUAAAAUAAAUCCAAUUUCUUGGUGUAAAAUCUAAAGCCUAUUUUCUAAGCACUCCGGAGUAGUUGAGUUGCUACUCCUGGCUGCCUAUUUUCUAAGCACUCUGGAGUAGCUGAGUGGCUGUUCCCAGCUGUGCCAGAGUUCAUAGUUCAGGUUUUUAUAAUUCUUGACUAAAUUCCGUGUCUUUGGCUGGAAAGUUGCCUAGUGUAGCGUGGAAGAAAAAAGUAAUAUUUUUAUUGCAAUGAUUCAUAAUAGGCAGGUGAGAGUUUAGUGAAAAAAGAAACCACCAAAAUUCUGCUCCAUGCAACAUGAUUCAGAAGUGCUAUUGAAGGAAAUGCAAGGUCCUAAAUACAAGGAUCGAAUUUCUUAACUGAUUGAUUUUUUUUUUUUCCCUAAUCUAUGCUCUCUUACCUGUCAUUUAUUGAAAAGCAUUUCGCAAGUGUUCAAGGUCAUAGGAAACUAACUGGAUGCUAGUGGAAAAUAAAUCUUUUCUUCCACCUUUACUUGCUUUCUGAUAGUCUGGAGCGUGAUAAAAGUUAAUGGACAGAUGUCAGUUUCUUCACAAAUUCAUAUUUCUUUUUCUGAGCUUGAAUUGCACAAUCACUGAACAUCACAGGUUGUGUCUCAAAGCGUUAAAGCUCCGGUGGAAGUGUUGGAACAUCUUGAGAGACAGUUUGUACAAUGGCUGAGAUGCAGUUUCACCUCGUUCAUGUCUGUUAUUCAAAGUGUAACAUAGCAAGAAGUUCUGGUCAGCGAUCAUAUUGCUGCAAGAUAUAACUUUAUGUGCACAAAACUGUGUGAUAUGAUACAGUUUUCCAGUGGGGAAAAGAAUUUGUUAGAGCUUUAUUAGUUCUGAGCCAGAUAACUUGCUAAAUGAUGAAUCUGCAACUUGAUGAUUAUUAAAUAAAAAAAAUAAAUAGAAGAGCUAUAGAUUCAUCACACAGAGGCAAAGAGAAGCUGGUUUGUUAAUAUAAGUAUAAAACCAUUUUGCUCACUGGAACUUGGAAAACAAAAUAACAUUGAUAAACAAGCUUUUCUAAAUGAAUCUGCUUUGCUUCUUACAACUCAAUUCUUGCACAGGUUCAGUUUGAAUUUAUUUUGUUUCCACUGGAUGGUUUGGCCAAUGACACUGUGGAACUUAAGUUUGCCAGGACCCUUUCUGGAGAAAUACCACUCAAGCAGUUGAAGCUUGACAUCUCCACGUGAUGUUUUGUUAAGCCUGUAAAGGAAAUGAUGCUUUCUUUUUACUUUAAAAAAUUGAACAGUGCCUGGCAUUAAAUGGCUGAACUGAAAUGUAUUUCUCCUAGGCAUUAGAAAUUUCACAUUGAUAAUUUAGUUCUUGCAGUUUACAGGAUAUUAAUCCUGUUCCAUUUUUUUUUCUUGGCGUGGGAUUCAGCAUCAUUAGUGAGCUAAUUUAAAUCUUAAACUCCAAAAGGUGAGGAUAGUCUUUCUGUUUUGUUUUUCUUCAAACAGUGUCUAAUACAAUGUGGAUACUGUUUAAAAGGUUUAAGAUAAUUUCUACACAGAGUAAUGGCACAAACUGAUUUGCCCUAUAAACAAGUUAGUUUAAAACAAUACAGAUGCGUUCCUGUAAUGGCUUUAAUCUGUUUAUCUAAAUCCUGUUAGUCUGCAGGUAUAUUUUUGCAUGAACAGAUAGUGGAAGUUUGAUUUCUCUCUUUUCUCCAAUACAAUUUUACUUAGGAAAGCACUCUUGAAUUCCACCAAAUGUGUAAUUAUAUGGUCUGAUUGCAUGGCUGCCCAAAAAUUAACAAUAUAACUGGAAUACAUCAGGAUGGGCACUGAAAGCUGUGGAUUUUACUGGAUAUUCUAAUGGGUGCCUAGUGACAGCAUUCAGCAUAUAAACUAAGCUCAUGACAUAUCUUGUUAGGUUCACAUUUUAAGACUGUACUACCAGCAAAGUUCAUAAAAUUUGAAAUUUAAACUGCUCCAAUUUGGUUAAACAUUUAUAUGUGAUAGUCCCACAAGUGGAAAUUCUACCUCCCCCUUCUCUUGUUGCUCACAAUGUCUUUUAAGAUUUAUUUUUUUCCCCUCCUCCCCAAGGUACCUACUUUCCAAAUAUUUCAUUGUUGACUCUUCUGUUGAACAGUGAAUCUUAAUUUAUGGAAUUCCUUUACCUCAAAUAAGGGACAGCAUACAGGAUUUUCUGAAGUCUGAGUCAAUUAGGUUGAAACUGUUCAUCCCAAGUGGCUUCCUCUUCUUUGUAUUUGGCUCUUAUUCUGUGAAAAUGCUGCUUGUCCAUGAAUAUGAUGUAUGUUGAGACUGUAAAACCAAAUGGAGAAAACUUGUUCAAAAUAAAGCCUUUUUUUUAUAAGA